CGCCCUCUCUCGUCUUGCCCAUCUCACUCAGUCUCUCUUACUCUUGAACAUUCGGUAUCACUCUUGUUCAAUUUCAUUGGUGUCUCUCUCAUCUCAUUAGACUCCUUGGUGUCAUUCAGUCUAGCCUUCUCUACUUGAUGUUGCUUCGAGAAGAAGCCAAAGAAAUGCGCUAGAGAAGAAGACGAUGACAUUGCAAAGGUUAGAUGUCGAAGAAAAAGAAAACCGUGGGGAGAUGAGAAAAAAUAUGUAUCACAUCGGGCGGGAAAUAAAAAAAAAACAAACCUAAAUCAAUAUUGAAGACCCUCACUCCGCACUGUGUUUACAGAAUUCAUGGAGGAUUUGCACAGUGCUCUAAACGACCGUGGGUUAACAGUUACUAUUCUGCCGGAGAAGGGCCGGAGCCUCUUUACCACCAGGAAUUUCCGCCCGGGAGAAGAAAUAAUUAGCCAAGAACCUUAUGUAUGCGUUCCCAACAACUCACCUGUCGAGUCCAGAUGUGACAGAUGUUUUGCAUCAAUAAACCUUAAGAAGUGCUCAGCUUGCAAAGUCGCAUGGUAUUGCAGUAGUGUGUGUCAGAAGUCAGAGUGGAAGUUGCAUCGUCUUGAAUGUGAUGCUCUUGCAAGGCUUGACAAAGAUAGGCAUAAAUCUGUUACUCCAUCUAUAAGGUUGAUGAUCAAACUCUUUAUUCGAAGAAAAUUGCAAAGUGAAAAGGUCAUACCUAUGGCUGCAACAGACAAUUAUAAAUUGGUGGAGGAACUAAUAGAUCACAUGUCUGGCAUCGAUGAAAAACAGCUGGUGUUGUAUGCUCAGAUGGGAACUCUUGUGAAUUUUAUUCUGCAGUGGCCAGGAAUGAACGUAAAAGAGAUAGCAGUGAACUUUUCCAAGCUUGCAUGUAAUGCACAUACCAUAUGUGACAGUGAACUUAGACCAUUGGGGACUGGACUAUAUCCUGUAAUCUCUAUUAUAAAUCAUAGCUGCUUGCCCAAUGCUGUUUUGGUAUUUGAGGGAAGAACUGCUGUGGUUCGUGCUGUGCAACAUAUACCAGCGGGUGCUGAGGUGUCGAUAAGUUAUAUUGAAACUGCUGGAAGCACUAUGACUCGGCAGAAGACUCUUAAAGAAAACUACUUAUUCACUUGCACAUGCUCUCGAUGUGUUAAAGCUCAAGAAGAUGAAAUCAAAGAAAGUGCAAUUUUGGAGGGCUACAGGUGCAGAAAUGACCAAUGUGAUGGCUUCCUGCUCCGUAACUCAGAUGACACUGGAUUCACAUGCCAGCAAUGUGGACUUGUUCGCAGUAAGGAGGAUAUAAAAAAUAUUGCUAGUAAAAUAAAAUCAAUAUCAGAUGAAGCUUCUACUUCUCUGUCUUCCCAAAGUUAUGCAGAAGCUUUAUUUAUGUAUGAAAAAGUUGAGAAACUCCAAAGGAUAUUAUGCCAUCCUUAUUCCAUCAGUUUGAUGCAAACUCGAGAAAAGCUUCUCAAGAUUUCGAUGGAGCUAGAAAAUUGGACAAAAGCUCUAACAUACUGCAAAUUGACAAUUUCAGUCUAUCAGAAACUAUACCCUGGGAUCCAUCCGUUGCUUGGAUUGCAGUUCUACACUUGUGGGAAAUUGGAAUGGUUACUUGGGCACACAGAGGAUGCUAUAAAAUCUUAUACAAAGGCAUUUGAUAUUCUGCGAAUUACUCAUGGAACUAAUUCAAGUUUCAUGAAGGAACUGCUGCUAAAGUUGGAGGAAGCUCGUGCUGAAGCUUCUUAUAAACUCUCAUCUACUGAUGAUGAGUAGAUCCACUGUUCACUUCUAACUUCUAAGGAGUAAGUUCAGAACCAUGCUUCACACAAAGCCCUUCUUGGCUCCAUCUCUGUACUUAAUAUGAGCUCAAUCGUUUACGACUUGGCUGUAUAUGGUGAAUUGUAACAACCAUGGUUCAGUGGUGAAAUUAGAAAUGGUUUGUUUUUCAUUCAAAACUACAUUAUUUUUGUUAAGGGGCCAUUGCAAAAAUGUCAAAGUGCUUUGGUAAAAUUAAGCCUAUUUCAUGUUUUAUGAUUUUGCAAAAAAUGACAAUCAUUGUCAGUACAAUUGAAAUACUUUGAUGACCCAAAUGCCCCUUCCUAUUAAAAAUGUGAUUGUAUUUGGUUUUCCUCUAAUUACCAAUUAUAACAAUUUUUAUCUUAUUACUGUUCAA